CUCCCGCGCGCCCUGCCUGGCCCAGCAGCCCGGCCUGCGGGCAGGGAUGCGCCGUGUGGUCCAGCUUCCCGCCGCCCUGCGCGGCCCUGAGGCAGAAAGUUUGGGGGUCGGGAGCGACCCUCCUCCCCGCCAGUGACUGCCCAAGGACUCCUGCAGCCCGGCUUCGCCCGCCACCUGCCUCCGCUCCCCAGGUCGGAAUGAACUAUCCCAAGCCUCCCCCUCUUCGCCCUUCCCUCAUCCUCCUUUAAAAAGAUAUUUUCUUAAAUUCAAGAACUCGUGAUCUGCCUACUCCCUUCGUCCAUAAUUUAAACCCCAGGUCUUUUGAGUGCAAGAGGGGGUGCGGUCUCCCUCAAGACAGCACGCUAGAAGGACAGAUUCCCCUUGCCGACCCACUUACACCAUGAAGAGGUGCAAAUCGGACGAGCUGCAGCAACAGCAGGGCGAGGAGGAUGGGGCUGGGAUGGAAGAUGCCGUUUGCCUUCUGCCAGGCGCGGACCUCCGGCCUGGGGAGGCCUCGGGUGCAAACUCCGCUGGCGGGCCAACUUCAGAUGCUGGCGCUGCGGUGGCACCCAACCCGGGUCCCCGAAGCAAGCCUCCUGAUUUAAAGAAAAUCCAGCAGCUCUCAGAGGGCUCCAUGUUUGGCCACGGCCUGAAGCACCUGUUUCACAGCCGCCGCAGGUCACGGGAGAGGGAGCACCAAGCAUCUCAGGAGGCCCAGCAACAGCAGCAACAGCAGGGCCUAUCGGAUCAGGACUCCCCAGAUGAGAAGGAGCGCUCCCCGGAGAUGCACCGCGUCUCCUAUGCUGUGUCCCUGCACGACCUGCCUGCGCGACCCACGGCUUUCAACCGGGUGUUACAACAGAUCCGGUCCAGGCCCUCCAUCAAGCGGGGCACCAGCCUGCACAGCAGUGGGGGGAGCAGUAGCCGUCGUGCCAAGAGCAGCUCCCUGGAGCCACAGCGUGGCAGUCCUCACCUGCUUCGUAAGACCCCCCAGGACAGCAGCCUGGCCGCCAUCCUGCACCAGCACCAGGGCCGACCCCGUUCCUCCUCUACCACCGACACAGCCUUGCUCCUGGCUGAUGGAAGCAAUGCGUACCUCUUGGCUGAGGAGGCUGAAGGCAUGGGGGACAAGGGUGACAAGGGAGAUCUUGUGGCCCUGAGCCUCCCCUCUGGCCCUGGCCAUGGUGACACUGAUGGCCCCAUCAGUCUGGACGUGCCAGAUGGAGCGCCCGACCCCCAGCGGACUAAAGCUGCCAUUGACCACCUGCACCAGAAGAUCCUGAAGAUCACCGAGCAGAUCAAGAUCGAGCAGGAGGCGCGGGAUGAUAACGUGGCGGAGUACCUGAAGCUGGCCAACAAUGCGGACAAGCAGCAGGUGUCGCGUAUCAAGCAGGUGUUUGAGAAGAAGAAUCAAAAGUCGGCCCAGACCAUCGCCCAACUGCACAAGAAACUGGAGCAUUACCGCCGACGUCUGAAGGAGAUAGAGCAGAAUGGGCCCUCGCGACAGCCCAAAGAUGUGCUGCGCGAUAUGCAGCAAGGGCUGAAGGAUGUGGGCGCCAACAUGCGUGCCGGCAUCAGUGGCUUUGGGGGUGGCGUGGUGGAGGGUGUCAAAGGCAGUCUCUCUGGCCUCUCGCAAGCUACCCAUACUGCAGUGGUGUCCAAGCCCCGGGAGUUCGCCAGCCUCAUUCGCAACAAGUUCGGCAGUGCCGACAACAUUGCCCACCUGAAGGACCCUAUGGAAGAUGGGCCCCCCGAAGAGGCAGCCCGGGCACUGAGUGGCAGUGCCACGUUAGUCUCCAGCCCCAAGUACGGCAGUGACGAUGAGUGUUCCAGCGCCAGUGCCAGCUCGGCUGGGGCGGGCAGCAACUCUGGGGCUGGACCGGGAGGUGCACUGGGGAGCCCUAGAUCCAACACUCUUUAUGGUGCCCCUGGAAAUCUGGACACUCUGCUGGAGGAGCUGCGGGACAUCAAGCAGGGCCAGUCACACCUGGAGGACUCCAUGGAGGACUUGAAGACUCAGCUGCAGAGGGACUACACCUACAUGACCCAGUGCCUGCAAGAAGAGCGCUACAGGUAUGAGAGGCUGGAGGAGCAACUGAAUGACCUGACUGAGCUCCACCAGAAUGAGAUGACCAACCUAAAGCAAGAGCUAGCCAGCAUGGAGGAAAAGGUGGCCUACCAGUCCUACGAGAGGGCCCGAGACAUCCAGGAGGCCGUGGAGUCCUGCCUGACCCGGGUCACCAAGCUGGAGCUGCAACAGCAGCAGCAGCAGGUGGUGCAGUUAGAAGGUGUGGAGAACGCCAACGCACGAGCUCUGCUGGGCAAGUUCAUCAAUGUGAUCCUGGCACUCAUGGCCGUGCUGCUGGUGUUUGUGUCCACCAUUGCCAACUUCAUCACGCCCCUCAUGAAGACACGCCUACGUAUCACCAGCACCGCCCUCCUGCUCCUCGUCCUCUUCCUCCUCUGGAAGCAUUGGGACUCGCUCACCUACCUCCUGGAGCGUGUGCUGCUGCCCAGCUGAGCAGCUGCUAUUUCGCCCUGUGCUCUCCGGGUUCCACUGGCCACACAUCUCCAGGAGGGCCUGGGACUCCUGAGUCCCUUGGAUUUUGUCACAUGUCCUGUUUGGCCUCUUGCCCAAACUCCCCAUUCGGCAGCUCCUGCCCCUUCUCUGCACUGCUUCUGUUUGACACCAUCUCUUUUAGCCUGAAGGUUGCUGGGGAGGUGUGGAGGGGUGUGGGGGCGGGGGGGGGGUCAGGGCUGGAGGAAGUGGAGACACUCAUGGCCAAAUGGAGCAAGGGAGGACACCAGGGCUGCAUUGUUUGAAUUAUUUAGUCAUGUGGGACUUUUCUGGGCUGACCUAAGGAUGGCCUAGGUCAUGAAGGCCCCUAAGAUAUAAGACCGGUCUCAGUUUCCCUAGGAAAGAGCCCAUCCUGGGGGUAGCCAUAGUUUCCUCCCACAGAGAUGGUCUGUCUGGAUAGCCAGUGGGAGGCUGUGCUGACUGAGUCCAGGAAGGGGAGGGUCCCCAGCCUUGGGACAGAGGGCAGGCUUGACACAGCCCCCUAGGAGCUCAACCUGCCCUGCCCCUGCUCCUCUCCUCAUGAGCUGAUUUGAGACUGGUUUCUGGAGGCUGGGUGAGGUGUGGCUUUGGAUUUGUGUUUUCUCUGCCCAUCUCUCUCCCUUCACUGGGUGUGCUGUUUUCUGAAAAACAGGCCCAAGCUCCCUGAGCCUCUAACCCAAACCUUUUGGCCUCUGGGAUCAAGCUGAGUUCUAUUUAUUUAUUUAUUUAUUGACUUAUUUAUUUGUUCCUACCUUUCCCUUGCUUCUGCCCAGCUGGGCUCCAGGGAGAGGACCUGCCCAUUCUCCCUCUGCAGCCAGGGCUUAUUCUUGGCUCACCACACUCCAGACCAUGUACCCUCUGAUGUUUCUGGCUGAAAGAAGGGGUACGUGGCCACCCAGCCCGCUCUCCCAAGCAGCCCCACCAGAUGGGUGGAAGAAUCAUGGCCUCUUUUAUAUAUACCUAUUUAUUUUAUACAUGUGUCUUUGUGAGGGAAUAGGAUGUUUGUUGAUUUACUUCUUUAAGGCUCUGGAGUGUUGCGUACGAUUCUGUACAGCCCAGCUUCCAGUGGGCCCUUCCAAGCAUAGUGGAGAUUUCUCAGGAUGGGAGAGAGGAACCCGUGAAGCAGGAGAAGCAGUGCCUGCCAGCUGUGGUGGACCUUCCUGAGAAAUAAAUAUCCUCUACUUUUUC